CCAUGUCAUGCCGUGAGCACUUAAGAAGAACUAAAAGCUUAAGUUUACCUAAAAGAAUGACAACAAACUCAACAUCACGAAGGUAGAUCAAUAUCCAACCAAAAGUAUGUGUAUACCUCCAGGGUGAAGUAUGGCAUCUGUGUACACUAUCACUACUGGUGAAACACUGAACACCCACAAAAGCUUCAAGUCACGUCUCCCUUGGGGUUCGUGCAAAAAUGUGUCUAACAUCACAGACUGCGACGUCAUCCUCGCUUUCUGUCCAGUCACGUCUCGAGUCGGAACGGACAUUGAGGCAGCGUUGCGGGCCAUUCCAGAGGGCAAACCUUUAGCAUUGGUAGUGCUUCACCACACAUUUGACAGUAACUACACUUUGCCUGACACAAAGAGGUUCAUGAAGCGGCCUGGCUGCAUCACUGUGAACUGCCUGUUCAGUGAUGACGGACUGAUGAGAUGCCCUUGUAAUGAUGAUGCAGUGCGAGCUGUCGCCAAAUUCCUGCAGCAACAUGGGAAACGCAGUCCGAGAGGCAAGCUGGGCCUGGGCCUGCUCAUGCUCAUCUUGUUGUGUGUGGCAAUUUCCAAUUUCAGAGAGCACUCAGUUAACUCAGAGCACUCAGAGUUAAUUCAUACCAAGAAAGAACUUGAAUUGAUUCAGCAAGAGUAUAAGAAAUUAGAGGGGAAACUAAAUAAAACAAUUAACUCUCUCAAGGAAGAGGUUGAAAACUGUAAGGAAUUGGAUAGGAAAGCAAAUGAAAAAAUUAACUCUCUGGAGGAAGAGGUUGAAAACUAUAAGGAAUUGAACAGUGAAGCAAAGAAAGAAAUGAACUCUCUCAAGGAAGAGGUUGAAAACUGUAAGGAAUCAGACAGAAAAGCAAAGAAAGACAUUAACUCUCUCAAGGAAGAGGUUGAAAAUUAUAAAGAAUUGGAUUGGAAAGCAAAUGAAAAAAUUAACUCUCUGGAGGAAGAGGUUGAAAACUAUAAGGAAUUGAACAGUGAAGCAAAGAAAGAAAUGAACUCUCUCAAGGAAGAGGUUGAAAACUGUAAGGAAUCAGACAGAAAAGCAAAGAAAGACAUUAACUAUCUAAAGGAAGAGGUUGAAAACUAUAAGGAAUUGCACAGGAAAGCAAAUAAAAAAAUCAUCUCUCUCAAGGAAGAGGUUGAAAGCUGUAAGGAAUUGGAAAGGAAAGCAAAUAAAAAUAUUAACUAUAAGCUAAAUGAAGGGAAAGUAAAUGAAAAAAUUGAGUCACUGAAACCAAUCUCCCCCUCUGUUGAAAACUCACUGAAGAGGAUAAGCCUGCCUGAUGAAGUCUUCAGUGGUUUAGAAGGAGACACUGAAAAGCAAGAGGACAAGUCUUCACAAUUACCAUGUGAAUCCUCACAAAAUUUGGAGAUAAAGGCCUCACAUGACACAGCCGUAGCAAGGAAUGAUGAAAUGGAUGAAAAGGACAAAAAGUCUGAUAAGAAAGCGGCAAUCAAUUUAAUAUAUGUGACGCUAAUUUUGUCCAUUUUGAUUCUAUCAGGGUAUUCGUUGUACGUCAUAAUAACAACAUUGGCAACCACCCUCACCACCCCUCCCACCAUCCCCAACCGCCCCACCACCCGCAAAAACCUAUCCUCAACAGAGAACCAGCAGCUGAGGCUCGAUUGUGUUUUAAGCCCCCAACGUUGUCUUCCAGGCAGCGUUACCACCGAUUUAAUGGCACCUAAUCCUAACCCAAGUCCAAUCCUAGCACCUUCCAGGCAGCUAGUCCUUAAAGACAACUUUGGGAGCUUAAAACACCAACAACCCCCCCCCACCCGCACCACCCCCAUAAUGAAAAACCUAUCCUCGACAGAGGACCAGCAACUGAGGGAGAGGCAGGGAUGCAACAACCCUUACACCCCCACAACCCCCAGCUGCAACACCCCCACCUGCCCCAUCCCCAACUACCCCACCACCCAAAUAAGCCUUGAAGACAACGUUGGGAGCUUAAAACACCAAGAAUCCCCCCCCACCUGCACCACCCCCAUAAUGAAAAACCUAUCCUCGACAAAGGACCAGCAGCCGAGGAAGAGGAAGAGGUGCAACAACCCUAACCCCCCCAUCACCCCCAAACGCCCCUCCCGCUCCACCCCCACAAGCCUCAUCCCCAACUACCCCACCACCCACAUAGGCCUUGAAGACAACAUUGGGGGCUUAAAACACCAAGAACCCCCCCACACCUGCACCACCCCCAUGAUGAAAAAAAUAUCCUCAACAAAGGAGCAGCAGCUGAGGAAGAGGAAGAGAAGCAACAACCCUAACCUCCCCACCACCCCCAAACGCCCCAAACGCAACAACCCUAACACCCCCACCCCCCCCACCUACAGUCAAGCAAACACAGAGAAGCAGGAUACAACCACCACCGCCAUCAGCACCCCCACCCACAGUCAGACAAAUAGCAACACAGAGAAGCAGGAUACAACCACCACCCCCAUCAGCACCCCCACCCACAGUCAGGGCCAGAAGAAGACAGGGAAGAAGAAAAACAAGCCACACGUUUAGGUGUAAAGUUUGUUGGUAACAUUCGCUAUAAUGUUGUAUGCUAAAGCCGCAUUUAGGUUUGAUUCCCUCCGCAAUUACUUUGU